AUGGGGUGCCUGAUCGGUAAAGCCGCGGAAGUCGUGGCCGGUGUACCCUUAACGGACGGAGCCUAUGACGGGGCAUGGGGGGACUUGAUGAUGCGCUACGAUAACCCUCGCGUUCUUCUUUGCGCUCACAUGCGACAUCUAAUUUCGUGCCCGGCCGCUGUCAAGUCCUCGGCUACCGAAAUUAAACGCCUGCUGGGCGUGCUUAACCAAACCCGGCGAGCGCAAGGAGAAGGUGAUUCCAAGGGGAGGAACCAGCCGGAGAAUCCGGCCGCGGCGGACGCUACGAUCCUGAAUGCGAGUGUGACCCCUCCCGCGGCCCUGGAAAGGAAAACCGUACUACUGGCGACGGCACGGGUCCUGCUGGAGGGACCAUCCGAACGGCGGCUAACGGUACGAGCCCUGCUCGAUUCGGAAGCAGCGGUCUCUUUCGUCACCGAAAGAGUAGCGCAAUUCUUGCGCGUUGACCGCCGCCGCGUCAACGUUCCGGUGUCCGGCCUACAGGGUAAGCAUAUGGCCGACGCUACUACCGCCGCAAGGCUCGUAAUUAGAUUUCCGACGGACGUAACGUUUCGGCUCAAAACGGAAGCGUUUGUGCUCCGACGACUGGCGAACUUGAUGCCCCCUGAGCGCCUUGUCACGCAGCCAUGGCGGCACUUAGAGGGUCUUCCGCUGGCGGACCCUGACUACGCGACGCCGGCUACGGUAGACGUCAUACUGGACGCCAACAUCUACGGCAAGGUGAAGCGGCCAGCCGUCCGCUGCGGCGAGCCGGGAUCCCCUGAAGCGCAUCUUACCGCUUUCGGCUGGGUCCUGACAGGCGAGAUGGCCAUCGAGGAGACAGUUCCGGUCGCAACGUGUGCGGUGACUGUGCUACUGACUCAGCCUGCUGACGAGCUGUCGGCGACCCUUAGGCGUCUGUGGGAGCUCGAGGAGGUUGCCGCUAAGCGCGUUCCGACUCCGGACGAGGACCGGGCGGAGGAACAUUUCCAGAAAACGCACUUCCGGGACGCGACCGGAAGAUACGUCGUGCGACUGCCUUGCAACUUGGAUCGGUUCGGUCAGCUGAGCGAGUCGCACUCGGCAGCGCUGUCCAUGCUGCUCGGCUCGGAUCGGCGUCUGGCAAGGAAGCCCGAGCUGAAAAAACGCUACACCGACUUCAUGGUGGAGUAG